UCACAUCAUUAGUCGGUCGUCGUCAUCGGUAGAGAGGGAGAGGGACUUGGUUUUAGCAAUUUGACAAUUUGUAAAAAAAAACCGUUUCCAUGUUGGCUAAUUGUGUCGUUGAUUAUCAGGUUGUGCAACAGUGAACAAACCAACGAUGAAGAUAUCCGACCUGAAUGUAAUGCGCAUGGCUGUGCUGCAGCAUCUUCGUAUUGUUUAUGGAAUCAAGCUGAAGUCUACACUGAACUUCAAAGACGAUUCAAACACAGGGCGACCAUCAUGCCCUGGGGAGAGCUCGAUAAAAGUUUUUGGUGUCCCACUGGAAAAUGUGUAUGCAUGUGCUGUAACUGAGUAUGGACUGGUGCCAAGAUUUUUGGUGGACGCUUGCCAACACCUUUCAAAGUAUGCUGACACUGAGGGCUUGUUCAGGAAAUCUAGCUCUGUCAUACGUCUGAAAUCCCUCAAGGCCAAGCUGGAUAAGGGUGAAGAGUGCCUCUCCACAGCCUCCCCUUGUGAUGUGGCUAGCCUGGUGAAGCAGUUUUUCCGUGAGCUGCCAAGCCCCAUCUUUCCAGCAGAGUUGCACCAGGCUCUGCUCCAAGCACAGCAGCUUCCCACAGAGAACGAGAGGGCCUCGGCCACCCAGCUGCUGUCCUGUCUCCUGCCUGAGACAAAUGCGGUGACUCUCCGGUUCCUCUCCUGCUUUCUCAACAGGCUCUCGCAAAGAGCUACUGAGAAUAAAAUGACUGCUUAUAACUUGUCAGUGAUCUUUGCUCCAAACCUUUUCCCCUUCAACACUGGUUUGAAGGCUGUUGCGGGCCAUGAUAAGCUUGAAGUUGCCGUCAUGUACACUUUCAUCGAAAAUGCCCACAACAUUGGUGUUCUCCCUGAGGUUGUUGUGGACACGGUCCCUUCCCUACUGGAUACAGGUACGUUAGAGGAGAUGGAUAUGGAUCGGAGGAGGAACAGGAGAGGAAGACUAUCUGAUGCAGGUUCAGCUUUGCUUGCAUCAGUGCAGAGGACUCCUAGUUCCAAUGCAAGGCAUUCCUUUCAGCCUUCGAAAGAAGGGUACCAGACCAGAAAGAGGAGACCAAGAGAGAGAAGGAGUUUCUGCUUGGGAAUGCUUCCACGAGUUCUUUUCAAAUCAGGGACAACUGAAUCAUCACCUCUGUUAGCUGGAAAUGAAAGACCUAGUGGUUCUUCAAAAACAAACCGAUGUGCAUCAGUGUACCAAAAAGUCAGAAGGGCCGUCAAAGGAAACAUCAGCUGUUUGUCAUCAAGCAAAGAAGAGGAACAUUACACACCAAUCUCAUCAGCUGUGCCGUCACUAAACCUGCAUACUGAUACACCUGUGGGAAUAACUUCAGGAAACACCCAGAAGCCCGAUGCUGCUCCCAGGAAGAGCUCCUCUUUCUCAAGCAUACUGAAGACGCUUUGCUGUCUUUCUGACCCAGGUCACUCUGAUGAGCCUGAACUUUGCUCCUCUAGAGCCUGUGACCUCACUCAAGAUGGCUGUCGUGUGGUUAUGGAUUCUCAAAACAAUAACACACCGCAAGUCAAUCCUAAUGCCGGAGAUGAAGACCAAACACGUUCAGCACCCACCGUGCCACCAUGUGCCACUCCACUCGGGUCUAAUUCUCAAGCGGACACAGCAGCAUCGCCGUUUAAGACCCCCACUUCCCCAGCUCUCAUAUUUGGGUUUAACUGUCGAGCGAGAGAAUUGAGAGAGUUAAAAUAUGAAGAAACACUAAAAGAAACAACUCCGGAAGGUGGUCAUAAAGAUUUGGUGGUACUUGAACAAAGCAAUGACGCCCCAGAGGAGGAUGACCAGCUUGGUGGUGCUCAAGUGAACACCGCAUGUGGAUCACUGCCUAGCCAGGACCCAGCGAGAGUGUGUCUACUGGAGCCAGGUGCUGGUGCUGCUCAGCCUUUGUUGUGUACACCGACAGACCCAAAGCCUCACCUUGGCAGGGUGGCAGCCCACGUUAAAAUCUUCAGCAGUCUUCACAUGAGGACGCCAAAAGGCCUCCGAUCCCCUAUUAAUUUUCAGAGGACCCCCGUUUACCAGUAUGUGAAGAGGAUUAACUCGUUCAUAGAGAGGAGUUGUAUGGACGGGGGUAGUUACAGAGGGUCUUGGAAGCCCAAAUCGUCCGUAAUGGGCUCGACAAUCAGGAGGACACUUGCCGUUUUCCUGAGCCUGGUGAUGGGUUUGUUAGCCGUCGUUUCAGGCCACAGCCCCCGCACGGCGGACCAAGUGUCAGAUGGUGACAUCCAGCGCCUGCUUCAUGGUGUGAUGGAACAGCUGGGUAUCGCGCGCCCCAGGGUAGAGUACCCAGCGCAUCAGGCCACCAAUAUUGUAGGCCCUCAAAGUAUCCAAGGUGGAGCCCAUGAGGGCCUUCAACACCUCGGACCAUACGGCAACAUCCCCAAUAUUGUAGCAGAAUUAACAGGCGACAACGUUCCCAAAGACUUCAGUGAAGACCAUGGGUACCCCGACCCUCCCAACCCCUGCCCGCUAGGAAAGACAGCGGCAGAUGGGUGUUUGGAGAAAGCCCCAGACACUGCAGAGUUCAGUCGUGAGUUCCAGAAGCAUCAGCACCUCUACGACCCAGAGCAUGACUACCCAGCCCUGGCCAAGUGGAACAAGGAGCUGUUGUAUGGAAAACUGAAGGGUGGACCAAAGAGAAGAAAAAGGAGCGUCAACCCGUACCUAAUGGGCCAGCGGCUGGACAAUGUGGUCGCCAAGAAAUCAGCGCCACAUUUCUCUGAGGAAGAAGACACAGUCACCAGCAAGCCUCAAGCCUCAAUCCUGAUCCACACAUAGUCACAUCUACAUUACAACGUUAAAACGGUGUAUAUCAAGCCAGAAGUGUAUUUCAAUAAUUCUCCACUGAAUCAGAAAACUUUUAGAUGGGCUGAAGAUCCCUCAUGCAACACUUAUGCUGUCACAUUGGGCUAGGCUACUGUUGUAUAUUAAAAUGAUAUCUAUUAAAAUCUAUGUUCUUAUGCACACCUAUGGUCCUCUCGACUGUUUUUUU